AUGAGCCUGCCCUGGUCUCCCGCAGUCGCCUCGGUCGACGCCUCGCUGCAUGGCUUCGGCGUCACCGAGAAGGCCUGGCCCCCCGCCGAGGUGGGCCGCGUCGGCCGCGCCUCAGAGCGGGGGCGGUACCGAGGGGCGUUGCGCACCUCCCGCCGCCCGCGUUGCCUGGUCGAGGGGGAGGAGGCUGAGCCCUCGCUGAGCGACAUCGUCGACGCCUCGUCCGAGCAGCUGCGUGCGCUGGGGCUGCGCUCCGCCUUCGAGGAGGUGCCGUCGGCCCUGGCGCGCGGGGGCGACUGGGGCGUGGUGGCAGCUCGCCGCUGGAGGCGCAAGGACAAGAUCCUCGCGCUCGAGGCGGAGGCAGCCCUGUGGCAGGUUCGGCGGCUGGCCCGCAGCCGCCUGAGCGCCCAGAAGCGGCACUUAGUUUUGUCUGACUCAAUGGCCUGGGUCCUCACCUCGUGCAAGGGGCGGAGCUCGUCGUGGUACCUGCUGCGGAGGUGCCGCGAGUUUUGCGCCAUGAGCUUGGCCCUCGGAGCACGUGUUUCUUUUCGGUGGAUUCCUUCGGAGUGGAACUCGGCGGACGAGCCCAGCAGGCGCGGCUACGCGGGCCAGCGGGCGCUGCUGGGCUUCGCGAGCAGCUCGCGGCUGGACGUUCCAAGCGGCGGGCCUUUGCGGGGCCUUUCGCCGCGGGGCUCCCCGGGCCCGAGCCCGCUGCUCUGCAGGGCGCUGGUGCCAGCGCCAAGCCAGAGGCCGAGCCGGGCCCCGCCUGCCCCGAGUCGGGCGCUGCGCCCCCGGGUGGCGCCGGAGACGGAGGGCGGCGUGGCCGGCGGGAGGCCGCGGCUGGAGGGCAUCGCCCUGCCUCGCCGCCACGCCUGCCCUGCCAGCCCGCCCCCUCUGCAGCCCGCGCUGGCCCCGGGCCGGCUGCCCUGCCGCGCGCUGGCUGCCGCUGGCCCCCUGGGCUUGGGCCGCCAUCCUGCGCCGGGGCGCCUGGUCCCCUAUCGCGGGGAGACUGGCUCGGCACGCCGGCAGCGCCGCGAGACGGCGCGGCGGCGCCCGGGCUCAGCGCUGCACUCUGCCGCCCGCAGUUCGGAGGAGGCGGAGGUGCUGGGGUUCCACAUCAGCUCCUUGGCCGCCGCGGCCGUGACGCCGACGACGCAGGGCAACUGCCUGAACGCCCUGCGCAAGCUGCUGGCGUGGAUGCACGAGUCCAGAGCCCCCCAGCGCCUUCCGGCGUGCGAGUGGGGCCUGCUGCUGGAGCAGUACGUGGAGUUCCUGCGCGACCGCGGGCUGCCCGAGGGGGGCGCCGCCAGCACGCUGGCCGCAGUGCGCUGGGCGCUGCCCGAGCUGCCGCGCCCGCUGCGCCGGGGCCUGCCGCUGGCGACUGCUGCGGUCACUGGUUGGCGCCGGCUCGAGAAGCCGUUGUCGCGCCCGCCAGUCCCUCGGUCGCUGGCCGUGCUGAUGGCCCUGCGACUUUGCGCCGACGGCAAGGCGGACUACGCCCUCUUCCUGCUGCUGACGUUCGAGGCGUGCAUGCGGCCGAGCGAGGGGGCAUGCCGCUUCUGGGCCAUCCUGAUCCGUGCGAGCGAGCUAGACGUGCUUGGCAAGACCGGCGAGUUCGACACCAGCGUCGCCCUGGACCUGCCGCGGCACCGCCUGCUGGAGCCCGCGCUGCGCCUUCUGAAGGCCAACAGGGGGGAGCGGGAGCGGCUCUUCAUGUUCUGCUACACCGACUUCCUCCUGGUCUGGAACAGCUACCUCCUCGGCUUGGGCCUGGCGCAGCUGAAGGUGACGCCGUACUCCCUCCAUGCUACCAUGCUGAAGCACAGCGUCUUCGUAGACCUCUUCGCUGGCACUGCGCCGGUGAGCCGGUACCUGCGCCGCAAGGGCUACGCUUGCAUCGCCUUCGACAAGCUGCAAGGGCCGCAGUUUGACCUCAGCCGGCGCGAGGUCGUGCUCACCAUCGCAGGCUGGCUGCGCGCGGGCCUGGUGUGGGCCCUCUGGUUUGCGACGCCGUGCAUCACCACUACUCGAGCCCGCACUGACAAGUCAGGUCGCAUGCCGCCGCCGCUGAGAUCGUCUGAGCACUACCGUGGCUUGCCUGACCUGUCUGCUCGCCACCGCGCCCAGGUGCGCGAUGCCAAUAGUCUGAUUGACUCUGGAGGCCGCCUCCAGCAGCUCGCCUGGGACUUGGGCAUCUGCUGUGGCGAGGAGAACCCACAAACCUCCAUCCUCUGGUGCUUUCCCUCGCGGCGCCGGGCUCUCGCGCGCGGCUCCGCGGUCGAUGUGGAUUUCUGUGCUGCUGGAGGGCCCCUGCGCAAAAGGACCAAGCUCGUUUUUCAGCAUUGCGGCGCGGUCGAGGUGUGCAAGCGGCUGCGCGAGGAGGGGCCCGAGCAGGCCAGCGCGGGGGCACUCGCGGCGAACGCCCUCGCGACAGUUCCACCAGUCGACGUUGCCCAAGUCCCCACCGCCCCGACGCUGCGGCGAGCUUGCUGGCGGUGCAGGCACAAGCGCCUCGACGCGCAGCUCAUGCAGGGGGCUGACCCCGACGUCGAGCUCGACUUCUCCUCUGUGGAGACUCUCUCACCUGUGCCCGCUCUCAAGAAGAUCGGGGACCAGGACUUCCUCUUGUACGACAGCGGCGUCACGAGGGAAUCCCACAGGAUCCUCUGUUACGGGACGAAGGACAACGUGGAGUUCUUGAACAACUGCAGUCUGUGGCUCGCGGAUGGCACCUUCCGCAUCGCACCGGAGCCCCUCCGCCAGGUGCACGCAGUCCACGGGUACGACCGCGGCUACACGCUGCCUGGCCUCUACUUCCUCCUCACAGACAAGUCGGAGAAGACCUACAAGCACGUCUGGGACCAAGUGUUCCUCAUGCUUCCUGACGGCCCAGAGCCCGAGGUGUCUCUGCUCGUCGACUACGAGCAGGCCGCCUUCAAGGCUGCCGAGAAGUCCUUCCUCGACAUCAACGUGGGGGGGUGCUGGAUGCACUUCGCCGGGGCCUUGUGGAAGCACGUCCAGAGCCUCGGCCUGGCCGGGCGCUUCCGCGACGACCGCGACUUCCGCUUCCGCGCGCGGUUCCAAGACGCCGAGACCCCCUUCCUCAAGUGCUUCGAGCAAGCUUGGAUCGGCGAGCGCAAGCGGAAUGGCGAGAGGAAGCCCCCUCUCUUCCCCCACGAGUUGUGGAAUGUCCACAUGCGGUGUUUGGAGGAGAAGGUCCCUGCGAACAAUAUGGCAGAAUUAUUCCACAGGCACCGCGCGGACCGCUUCCACCACGGCCAGAAGCGCCCUUACUUCCCUAAAUUCGUGGAGCUCGUCAGCCCGUCCUUCCUGAGCGGUGGCGCCACCACUACGGUCAACGGCUUGGCCGCGCUCUACAUGAAGCACGAGGCGGAGCUGCCCGACGACGGGGGCGUGUUCCCGGAAGGCGAGGGCGAGGAGGACGAUGUCGAGGACGAGGGCGGGCUCGUGUCCGAGGCCUCCCCGCUGGGCUCGCAGGCGGCCCUACGGGAGCUCGUCGCCACGGUGCGGAAGGCGAAAGAGGCUCAGCUUGAUGUUGUAGAACUCGUUCAAGAGCGGGGCCUGCUGCGAGACCUGAGGUCCUACGUGCUCGCCUUCCGGGCGCUCCGGCUGGAGCGCGAGUACGACGGGGUGCUGAGGCUCCACGGGUGCGCGCGGGCAGAGGGCUGCGCGGCUGCGCUGCGCAGGG